AUGCAACUACUUUCUGUCUGUAUUUUUUUAACGCUUUUUAACGGCGAAAUUGGCGAUUCAGAAUUUGAUAAAACAGCGAAAUGUGUUAGUCGAAUCGUUGCAAAAUUUGCAGAAUCUGAAACAGUGAUUUAUGUAAUUGACACCAACCUCAGACUUACUUAUCCUGUGAUUUACCAGAGCAGUAGUGUGCAAUAUUUUACUUUAUUCAAAUUCCGGCUGCCCGAUAUAUACGUCAUUAAAUUGGGAGUAUUGAAUAUUGACCAAAUGUUGUUUUUUUUAGAUCAAUUUGAUCAUUUUAACUCGCGGGCUAAAUACAUAAUUUUAAGUGGAAUCUUCAAACCGGCUGAAAUUUUUCAAAAAUUAUUGAACUAUUUUGUUCAUAACGUAAUAAUUCUAACACCUGAAGGUACCGCAAUUACCUACAAACCUUACGUUUAUGAAAACGUGCUUCCUGAAGAGGUAAAACCCGUGGUUCUCGGCCCCUGUCUCAGAUUGAACCCAACAGCACUAUUUAGUACCUCACUACCAAAAUUUUGGAGGAACACCACAAUUCCAGCUGUCUAUUUCAACAUGUACCCAUUUCUCUACAGUGACCACGACGAUCAUCUUCAAGGAAUUGCUUUCAGAAACUUCCAACUAAUUCAGGAAUUGCUGCAAUUUCAGAUAAAUGUGACUCGUCACAAAAUUGGGGCUUUUGGUACUUCACGAAUUAACAAAACUUACACCAAUGUGUUGGGUUAG